AGUUCGCAAAACUUCCAAACUUGAAUAUAGAACACGUGAUAACAUAUGUGUAAAUGAAAUUCGAAAUUUAAAUAUAGAAAAAAUAGCCAAUCGUACCAAUUUCAACUUUUUAAAUAAUAGAAAAAGUAAAAUUAUCACGCGUACUGGCAGCAUGUCAAUUUAUAAAUUAAAAAAUGAUUAUUAAUUAUAAAUAUUAAUUUUGUGUACGUAGAAUAAUGAGUUUAUGUUAAAUACAAUAACAGAAAGUGAUUAUAUUUGACAAUGGAUAAGUUAAGUGCUAAAGAAAAAGCAGAGGCCCGCGAAAAUUUUGAAAAUCAGCUACGUUUUGCGUUUGUGAAAUAUGACAAUAAUACUACAGAGGACGAUGAAGAGAAUACUGAGAAACGGCGAGAAGAAUGCGAGCGCAAAGCAAGGAGGGGGGAAAUGGACCCCAGAUUGGAGUUUACAUUUCAACUUCUGAUAGAUGGCACAGGCUUACCACGUCACGCAAUUAUGGAUCACGUUUUCGAGGGAAAUAUGUUGGAUGAUAUCAAUCAAUUAUUUUUGCCACAUAUGAGGAAUAAACUUCUCUGGUAUUACCAAGACGUAGAAGAAGUAGAACAAAGGUCAUUAGACGGUGGAAAACCUCGACAACAAGGGCAGGGAAAGCAGCCGCCCCCUCAAGUGACGUUGAAGAAAAAGCUAUUUUUAUCAGAUGGCUGGGAUGUCAGAUUUACAGGAGUGUGUAUUUAUAUGUUUCGAAUUAAUGUCAGUAAGCAACUACCGGAAGAAGGUUUUCAUAAGGAUUUAUUUUGUGGCAUUUUAAACGCUGAAAAAGUGGGUUUGGUAACUGCUAUAGAACGAGUAAUGGAACACGUCUACAUGAACGCUCUGGCCCAUCCAAGUAGUGAUGGUGACGAAGACGAAACCAGGUUCCCUAUAGUGAAGAAUCAACUGCUGCCGGGGUUGAGGUCCUUCUGCAGUGCGUUGAAAGUUUGCGAGGAUGUGUGCAAUCAAAUAAACUUGUUCGACGAUGGCCAAACGCACAUGGCUGAUGUUCAGGAUCCUAAUGAUCUGAAGGAAAUGACAAAGAAUCCUAACACUAUUACAAUGUUGGAGGAUCGUGUAAAUGAAUGGAUAAAAAAAGUCAUGGAGAUCCUGAGUGAAAGCGAACAACUCAGACGCGAAGUGGACUCAAGCGGACCUCAAGAUGAACUGGAGUACUGGAAGAAGAGAGGAGCCCAAUUUUCACAGCUUGUCUCCUACUUACAAGACUCAGAAGUUCAGCUAACGCUUACCUGCCUCCAACUAUCAAACUCCAAAGUCAUAAAGCUCUGGCGAGAUACAGAUCACAAAAUCACAUUCUGUUAUAAUGAAGCUAAAGAUAAUGCAAAGUUCAUUCAAGCUAUGGAGAAAUGCUGUCAUUCUUUAUAUUUGGAUGAUCCAGUUAAAAUUAAGGACUCCAUAUUGAGUCUGCUACAAACAGUCAGAUUAAUUCACAGUGUGUCACAAUUUUAUAAUACUUCGGAGAGGAUUUCUUCGUUGAUGGUGAAAAUCACGAAUCAAAUGAUCGACACCUGCAAACAAUACAUAACAUGUCGCUUCAAAGAGACCAUAUGGUCCCAAGAGCGGCCCGUGGUCAGGGAAAAAUUAAUCCACUGCAUCAAUCUUAACAAGACGUACAGGGAAACGUACUUGUUCGUGAAGAACCAACCAUUCCUACCUAACACGGAGCAAUUCAGUUUCUCAGAGAACUAUGUAUUCGGAAAAUUCGAUACGUUUUGUAAAAGACUAAACAAAAUUAUCGCCAUAUUUGAUCUCAUGGAUGACUACAAUAAUCUGUUUGAGAAAAGAAUGGAAGGAUUGUUGUUGGGAGAGGACUUAGAAGAGGCCAUGCACACAUUUGGAGAAGCAAAGAAAGCUGUGACGACUUGCCAAUACGACUAUCUAGAUUACAGGAACAACGAAUUCGAUAAAGAUUACCAGAUAUUCGAGGAGAAAACGAACGCACUUCGCGAAUCUAUUGGAAAUACGAUUGAAAUUAACUUUUCAAGUGUGUGGGAAACACCGCAGGGCAUCAAAUUCCUGACCAGGUUCGAAAAAGUGAGUCAGAAGAUCCUAAUCACAAAACUGAGUGAAAAAUACGACAGAGUGUUACGAUAUUGCGAAAAGGAGGUGGACAAAAUAAUGAAAAUGUUCAAAAGACAAAAAGAGGAUCCGCCGUUACCUAGAAAUUACUCGCCAGUCGCAGGUCGCAUCAAAUGGUCGCGUUGCCUGAUGCAUAAUAUGACAGAGACAGUGGAAAGUGUGUCUGCUCAUCCGGUGUUGCGUACACUGCCGGCCGCUGCCGACAUGAUGCGUAAAUACACGAACACCAGGACGCUUAUACACAACUACGAGGAGACCAUGAGAGCAGUCUGGAUGAACCAAAAUUUAUGGGAUGUGGACGACAGUUUAAACAACACAUUACUGAAGAUCGAUGAGAGCGGCUGCAUCAGCGUGAACUUGGAUCACGCCAUCAAACUCCUCAUUAGGGAGUCGGACUGUCUCGUCAAGAUGGGCAUAGAAUUACCUAUCGUCUGUCACUCUCUCUACGCUAAGAAGAAUUACUUUACACUUAUCAAUGAUUCCCUACAGUUCCUCCUGGAGGACUACUUGCGGACAGUUCGCCGUGUAAUGCUGGAGGUUCGCCCUCUCUUUCUACCGCAAGUGGUCCGGCUAUCUUCCCUCCUGCUCCCCGGGCUGCGUUCCGUGUGUUGGACCAGCGAGGACUGGCAGGAGUUUAUCGAUCGCGCCAAUACCGCUAUCAAAUGCUUCGACGUUCUCGUAACCAGAGUCCAUGAUAUUUACACAAACAGAAUUAUUUAUGUACUGUCUGGUAUGCAAGAAGUUACACUGAUAAGUUUGCCAGAAGAAACACCGUGGUCCAUGGACGAAUUUAUCGAUAAUGUCGAAACAGGAUGCCGGAAUGCGUGUGUGGAACUAAAUCGUAAAAGUUUGAUGGUGGAAGAGGCUGUUGAAGAGGUUUUGGAUCUUGUGAAGAAAGCUGCCCAGCAAAUUAGACCUACAGAAAUUAACCCGGACUUCGAGUUUUUAAUUGCCGAAGACGAACCCGGGGGUGGUAGCGGUACAGCGUCUUUAGCGAAUGAAUCUACUUCAAGCGGCCAGCAGGACUGGUCAGCUGUUUGGGAAUGCUUCGAGAAUCCCCAUCGACUUCUCUCCACUCCUGCCGGUGGCCUCUCAAAGGGCAUGCAGGAAAUGGUAAAGAACGCAGUAAGCGAGAUGAGAAGGUACUACAGUCGGAAGGUGGUGGACGUUUUGAUCAAAGUGACGCGUAAAGCGCUGGACCUCAUUAUUAAGCAGUUCUCCGCGGAGCCGUUUGACGAUGAUGUCCAAAAGAAGCCUAUAUUUCUGCUGCACGCUACGCUUAUGAUACCGAACGUGUCUGUAAAGCCAACCUUGGAAGAAAUUCAAGACGCACUUGUCUUGGCCGGAAAGAACAUCUCCGGCUUGUCCAAGGGCGUCGCGCAGUGGACCGGUGGCAAGACAUCUAGGGUCCAAUCAGUGUCGGUACCUAUGGCGAUGGCGCAAAAGUCCAUGAAAAUGAUGGACGCAGCAAAAAUAAAAAGAAAGAAGCAUUAUAGAUUAGAAUCAGAAGAAAAACCCACCUUCCCGUUUCAACAAAAGAAUUUCUAUAGCCAUGUAAUGGAUAAUAAGGAAAUAGUAAAGACGCUGUCUUUGUUAUCGAUGUGUACACAAAACAUUAAAACAGAAUUAAACACGCUAGUGAAGCGCUGGCGGCCAUACCAUUACUUGUGGAAAUGUGAGAAAACAUUACGUCAGCUGCUAGCGUGGAACUUAAAUGACUUCGAAUUAGCUCUCAAGAGGCACAGUGAGCUAGAUGCCAAGUUGGCUACUGAACCAGAUGUGCUGGUCAUUGGGAACUGCCUUGCUGUAUCCACUGAGAAACUAAAGCUUGGUCUGACAACUGAACUUAAAAAUGGUACCCACAGGAUAAGUCAAGCCAUGCGUAAAAAAUAUAAACGUGAAAUGGAUUAUGUUUACGCGAUUAUGAAUGAUCUGGAAAGAAAGCUUGAACGACCGAUCAGAGAUUUAGAUGAUGUCCGCACGAUAAUGGAAACCCUCAAGAAGAUCAGAGAACAGGAAGUUGAUAUGGAACUGAAGAUUGACCCCGUCGAGGAGGCCUUCAACAUAAUAACACGAUACGAGCUGCCAGUGAGCAAAGAAGACCUAGAGCAAGUGGAUAACCUUCGGUAUACUUGGCAACAACUGCAAGCUACCGCACUCGCUUCUCAUGUGCAACUUCUUGUCAUGCAGCCACAGCUCGAAGAAGACCUCAGAAAUAACCUGGACAGGUUCAGGGAGGAUAAUACGGAAUAUGUUCACGAGUACAGACAUGCUGGUCCGAUGCAGUCGGGUCUUACGCCGAGGGAAGCAUCAGAUCGCCUGAUCCUCUUCCAGAACCGAUUCGACGGUAUGUGGCGCAAACUUCAAACGUAUCAAAGUGGCGAGGAAUUGUUUGGAUUACCUCAUACGGAGUAUCCCGAAUUGGCACAAAUAAGGAAAGAAUUGAAUCUUCUACAGAAACUCUACAAGUUGUACAAUGAUGUCAUUGACAGAGUCAGCAGUUAUUACGACAUACCCUGGGGCGAAGUCAAUAUCGAGGAGAUUAACAAUGAACUCAUGGAGUUUCAGAAUAGAUGUCGAAAAUUGCCUAAGGGUCUAAAAGAGUGGCCGGCGUUCUUCGCUCUGAAGAAAACUAUUGAUGAUUUCAACGACAUGUGCCCUCUAUUGGAGUUGAUGGCGAAUAAGGCCAUGAAGCCGCGCCAUUGGCAACGUAUUAUGGAGGUCACAAAGUAUAACUUCGAGUUAGAUAAUGAGGACUUUUGCCUCAAGAAUAUUCUAGAAGCACCUUUGCUGCCCAAUAAGGAGGAUAUUGAGGACAUAUGUAUAUCAGCAAUGAAAGAAAAGGACAUAGAAGCGAAGCUCCGACAAGUAACUAACGAGUGGUCGGUGCAAGAACUCACCUUCCAGACAUUCAACAACCGGGGUGAACUGCUCCUCAGGGGCGACACCACGGCUGAGUCUAUCGGCCAAUUAGAGGACAGCCUCAUGAUACUGGGCUCACUCCUCUCCAACCGAUACAACGCACCAUUCCGGAAACAAAUCCAACAGUGGUUAUAUGAUUUACAAAGCACGAAUGAAAUAUUAGAGAGAUGGCUACUGGUACAAAAUAUGUGGGUGUAUCUCGAAGCGGUGUUCGUCGGCGGCGACAUCGCGAAACAGCUACCCAAGGAGGCCAAGAGGUUCUCCAAAAUAGACAAAUCCUGGCAGAAAAUAAUGCAGCGAGCCCACGAGACACCUGGUGUUGUAUCCUGCUGUGUUGGCGACGAUCUCCUGAGGCAACUACUGCCCCACCUGCAAGAACAACUGGAACUCUGCCAGAAAAGUCUCAGCGGUUACUUAGAGAAAAAAAGGACCAUGUUCCCGAGGUUUUUCUUCGUUUCGGACCCGGCAUUGCUAGAAAUCUUAGGUCAAGCCUCCGAUUCGCAUACUAUCCAGAACCAUUUACUAUCGAUAUUUGAUAAUAUUCGAUACGUAAAGUUCCAUGAUAUUGAAUACAAUAAAAUGAUAGCAAUAGUAUCAUCGGAGGGCGAGGAAAUAAAACUGGAGCGUCCUGUGCGUGCGGAGGGGUCGGUGGAGACGUGGCUGACGUCUUUACUCCAAUCCGCGCAGGGCAGCCUCCACUCCAUCAUUAGGAACGCAGUCGCGUUCAUCAACGACCCCGCCUUCAAUCUGCUCAUGUUUCUAGAUAAAAUGCCCGCACAGAUCGGCCUGCUCGGCAUCCAAAUAAUUUGGACACGGGAUGGAGAGCUGGCCCUGAUGCAGGCGAGGCAAGAUAAGAAAAUCAUGAUGGAGACGAACAACAAGUUCCUCGAGCUACUGAACACCCUCAUCGACCAGACCACCAGGGAUCUGCUCAAGAUUGAGCGCAUCAAGUUCGAAACGCUUAUCACCAUACAUGUCCAUCAGCGGGACAUUUUUGAUAUGCUGUGUCGACUGAACGUACGCUCUGCGACCGAUUUCGAAUGGUUGAAGCAAUGCCGUUUCUACUUUAAAGAGGACGCGGACAAAACUCUAAUAUCGGUGACAGAUGUCACAUUCGCUUACCAGAACGAGUACCUCGGGUGUACUGAAAGAUUGGUCAUCACACCGCUGACUGACAGAUGCUAUAUAACACUAGCACAAGCCCUGGCAAUGAGUAUGGGGGGCGCUCCGUGCGGCCCCGCAGGGACAGGCAAAACGGAAACCGUCAAAGAUAUGGGCAAGACACUCGCCAAGUACGUCGUCGUAUUCAAUUGCUCCGAUCAAAUGGACUACAGAGGCCUAGGCCGGAUCUACAAAGGCUUAGCCCAAUCCGGCUCGUGGGGCUGCUUCGACGAGUUUAACCGGAUCGAGCUGCCGGUGCUGUCUGUGGCCGCGCAGCAGGUCGCCGUCGUGCUCUCCGCCAAGAAGGAGAAAAAGAAGACCUUCAUCUUCACCGACGGUGACACGUCCGAAAUGUGCCCAGAAUUCGGCAUAUUCAUUACAAUGAACCCAGGAUACGCUGGCCGCAAGGAGUUACCAGAAAAUCUCAAGAUCCAAUUCCGCACAGUGGCCAUGAUGGUGCCGGACCGACAGAUCAUCAUACGAGUGAAACUGGCCUCCUGCGGCUUCUUAGAGAACAUUACACUUGCAAGAAAAUUCUACACCCUUUAUAAGCUAUGUGAAGAACAACUUACUAAGCAGGUCCACUACGACUUCGGUCUUCGCAACAUUCUCUCCGUACUCCGGACGCUUGGUGCGGUCAAACGAGUCAACUCUAAAGACAACGAGAGUACCAUCGUGAUGCGGGUCCUCAGGGACAUGAACUUGUCCAAACUGAUCGACGAGGACGAGCCGCUCUUUAUAUCGCUCGUUGCUGACCUUUUCCCGAACCAGGCCUUGGAGAAAACGACCUAUACGGAGUUGGAGGAGAGUGUAAAGAAACAAGUGGAACAAACCGGCCUAAUUUAUCAUCCGCCAUGGGUGCUAAAAAUCAUUCAGUUGUAUGAAACACAAAGGGUUCGUCAUGGAAUAAUGACUUUAGGUCCACCUGGAGCUGGAAAAACUACGUGUAUUCACACCCUAAUGAAUGCUCUAUCUGAAACGGAACAUCCUCACAGAGAAAUGCGUAUGAACCCUAAAUCUAUAACAGCAGCACAAAUGUUCGGUCGACUAGAUGUCGCCACUAAUGACUGGACAGAUGGCAUAUUUUCCGCACUGUGGAGAAAGACUCUAAAAAUCAAAACUGGAGAACACAUAUGGUUGGUCCUAGACGGGCCAGUAGACAGCAUAUGGAUUGAGAACUUAAACUCUGUGUUAGAUGACAACAAAACACUAACUUUAGCUAAUGGAGAUCGACUGACAAUGUCUCCAACUUCAAAAAUUAUAUUCGAACCUGAAAAUAUAGAUAAUGCAUCGCCUGCUACGGUAUCCAGGAAUGGAAUGGUUUAUAUGAGCUCUUCAGGUUUAGACUGGGAUCCAGUUGUUCGAGCUUGGCUCAAUUCACGAUCCGCUUUAGAAGUGGAGGUAUUCGGCACAUUAUUUGAUAAAACGUUUCCUGUUGUAUACACUUGGUGUACUCAAAAUCUCGUCUUCAGUAUGAAAGUACUUCAGAGCAAUAUUGUGCUUCAAAUGCUCAGUAUUUUGGAAGGGCUAGUACCACCACAGAUAAUUGAACCUGAAGAUCCUUCUGGGUCUAAAUCAGUAAAUGGUGAUAUAGAUGAUGAGGACGAAAAAGAGAAAACUGAAGAAAUUGUACUAUUUACUCAAGAGCACUUGCACAAAAUUUAUGUUUUUACCUUGUUUUGGGGAUUCGGUUCCUUAUUGGAAACAAACGACAGAAUGCGCCUUGAUUCUUAUAUUAAGAAAAAUUUUUCAGACAUUCUCGAUAUACCCAAACAUCCUAAUAAUAAACCAUGUAUUUCAUUCGAUUUUUAUGUAAAGCACCCUGGAAAAUGGGAAUUGUGGGAUGACUUGGUUAUGAACUAUCAGUAUCCUGACACAGCAACACCAGAUUAUUCAACCAUUUUGGUCCCUAUCGUUGAUAAUGUGAGAAUCAAUUAUCUCAUCCAUUGUAUUGCGAAGCAAGGAAAAGCAGUGCUUCUUCUAGGCGAACAAGGCUCUGCUAAAACAGUAAUGAUGAAAGCUUAUAUGAAAAAUGCAAAUCCUGAGCAGUUUAUGGGCCGGUCAUUCAAUUUUUCCUCGGCUACAAGUCCGUACCAAUUCCAAAAAACAAUAGAAAGUUAUGUUGAAAAGCGAAGUGGUAUGACCUUUGGGCCGCCAGGAGGAAAGAAAAUGCUGGUUUUUAUAGACGAUAUCAAUUUGCCAGAAAUUAACGAAUGGGGCGAUCAAAUUACCAACGAAAUCGUAAGACAGACAAUGAGUAUGGGUGGAUUCUAUAGUUUGGAGAAACCAGGUGACUUUACCACAAUUGUUGACAUCCAAUUUUUAGGUGCAAUGGGACAGCCAGGGGGAGGAAGAAAUGAUAUUCCAGCACGAUUGAAACGGCAGUUUGCAAUAUUCAACUGUCCUCUUCCAAAUAAUGACGCCAUUGACAAAAUAUUUAAAGUUAUCGGCGAAGGUCAUUACAACGCAAAGCGAGGGUUCACUAUUGAAGUGAGAAAUCUUAUUAAAAAAAUCAUACCUUUGACAAGAGAAUUAUGGAUGAGAACUAGACAAAAUUUAUUACCAACACCAGCAAAAUUUCAUUAUGUUUUUUCUUUAAGAGAUUUAUCUCGUGUUUGGCAAGGUUUGGUAGGUACUUUGCCUACAGUAAUUGAGUCUGAAAAAUGUUUAAUGUUAUUAUGGAAACACGAAUGUUCAAGAGUAUUUUCGGAUCGAUUUACACAUCAAGCUGACAAAGAUUGGUUUAAUAAAGCUUUAUAUGAUACUGCAGAGGAAAUAUUAGGAUCCGAAUAUAAAAAAAUGAUGGAAAAAGAACCUGUAUUCGUAGAUUUUAUGAGAGAUGCACCAGAGCCAACUGGUGAAGAAGGUGAAGAUGCGGACAUGGAAUUGCCCAAAGUAUACGAACCCGUAUUUGAUUACAGUGAACUACGUGAACGCUUAGAUAUGUUUCUUGCACAAUUUAAUGAGAUGGUCAGAGGAUCAGGCAUGGAUCUUGUUUUCUUCCCAGACGCCAUGUUUCAUUUGGUAAAAAUAUCAAGAGUUAUAAGGCAUCCGCGAGGAAAUGUCAUGCUUGUAGGAGUAGGAGGCUCAGGCAAACAGUCUUUGACUAAAUUAUCCACUUUCAUAGCUGGGUACCGAUCCUUUCAGAUUGCUUUAACCAGAUCGUACAACGUCGGUAAUUUCUUAGAAGAUUUAAAAUUACUGUACAGAUCAUGUGGAGUGCAAGGUAAAGGAACGACAUUUAUCUUUACGGAUUUGGAUAUAAAAGAAGAAGGUUUCCUAGAGUAUCUAAAUAAUAUCCUAUCCUCUGGUGUGAUAUCAAAUCUAUUUACGAAAGAUGAACAGCAAGAAAUAAUUUCCGAAUUGACUCCUAUUAUGAAACGCGAGAAUCAAAAGCGAACGAUAACCAACGAGUUGGUGAUGGAAUAUUUUCUAAAUAGAACGUGUCAAAAUUUGCAUGUUGUUUUGUGUUUUUCACCUGUUAGCGAAGCUUUCAGAUAUAGGGCGAUGCGGUUUCCUGCUUUAAUAUCGGGUUGUACUAUUGAUUGGUUCCAACCAUGGCCUAAAGAUGCCCUUGUAUCUGUAGCCGAUCACUUUUUAGCAGAAUUUGAAAUAGAAUGUACAAAAGAAGUAAAAAAAGAACUAGUUACUGUCUUAGGAACAAUUCAAGAUGUAGUAUCAAAAGUCUCCACCGAAUACUUCCAAAGAUUUCGACGAUCUUCACAUGUUACCCCUAAAUCAUAUCUCAGUUUCAUUGGGGGAUACAAAACUAUCUACCAAAUGAAACAGAAGGAGUUAGGGGACGGAGCUUCAAGAAUGGAUACAGGCUUAGAAAAACUACGCGAAGCUUCGAUAGCAGUGGAAGUUUUAAAAAAAGAUUUAUCUGUAAUGGAACAAGAUUUAGCUCUGGCCUCAGAGAAAGCCGAUCGUGUAUUAACAGAAGUAACAGAAAGAGCUAUGCAAGCUGAGAUAGUAAAAAAUCAAGUACAAAUAGUAAAAGAAAAAGCAGAAGCUCUAGUGGCAUACAUAGCUGAAGAAAAAGAAAAAGCAGAAAGGAAAUUAGAAGCAGCAAAACCAGCUUUAGAAGAAGCUGAAGCUGCUCUAAAUACUAUAAAACCAGCACAUAUUGCAACAGUACGAAAACUAGGACGACCACCACAUCUUAUUAUGAGAAUUAUGGAUUGCGUAUUGAUAUUAUUCCAACGGAGAUUACAUCCGCUGAUACCGGAUACAGCUGCACCAUGUCCAAAGCCAUCGUGGGCUGAGUCAUUAAAGAUGAUGGCCAGUACCACAUUUUUGCUUCAACUGCAAAACUAUCCAAAAGACAUUAUCAAUAACGAGAUGGUAGAACAUCUCGUUCCAUACUUUGAGAUGGAAGACUACAACAUGGACACAGCUAAGCGGGUCUGCGGAGACGUUGCUGGUUUGUUGUCAUGGACUAAAGCCAUGGCAUUUUUCCACAGCGUCAAUAAGGAAGUAUUACCUUUAAAAGCAAAUUUAAUGAUGCAGGAAGCUAGAUUAAAGGUAGCUAUGGAAGAUUUAACAUCUGCAGAAAGACAACUUGAAGAACGUGAAAUGUCCCUCAGAGCAGUAAAAGAGCAAUAUGAGUCCGCCGUGUCAGAAAAACAGCAAUUAACUGAUGCCGCCAAUGUGUGCUUAAGGAAAAUGACUGCUGCCACUGCAUUGAUAAAUGGGUUAGGGGGCGAGAAAAUUAGAUGGACCCAGCAAAGUAAAGACUUUAAAGAGCAACUUGGUAGGUUGGUUGGAGAUGUGGUCUUAGCUACCGGAUUUUUAUCGUAUUGUGGGCCAUAUAAUCAAGAGUUUAGAAAUGGGUUGCUGGAUACAUGGAUGGGAAUUUUGAAGAAAAAAGAGAUACCUGUUACUGACAAUUUGAAUAUUACAAAUAUGCUUGUUGAAAGUGCUACUAUUUCCGAAUGGACACUACAAGGACUUCCUAAUGACGAUCUUUCAGUUCAAAAUGCUUUAAUUGUCACAAAAGCAAGUUCAUAUCCUCUAUUGGUUGAUCCUCAAAGUCAAGGAAAAAAUUGGAUAAAAAAUAAAGAAAGUUCAAAUGAACUACAAAUUACCUCACUAAACCACAAAUAUUUCCGAACUCAUCUAGAAGACAGUUUGUCACUUGGCAGACCAUUAUUAAUAGAAGACGUUGGUAUAGAAUUGGAUCCUGUUAUUGAUAAUGUUCUAGAAAAGAACUUCAUAAAAUCUGGAUCGAUAGAAAAAGUAAUGGUAGGUGAUAAGGAAUGUGACGUAAUGCCUGGUUUUAUGCUGUAUAUUACUACUAAGUUACCUAAUCCAGCAUAUUCACCCGAAAUAAGUGCUAAAACGUCUAUAAUAGAUUUUACUGUCACAAUGCGAGGUCUAGAAGACCAGCUGCUAGGUCGAGUCAUACUUAUGGAAAAAUCUGACUUGGAAGAGGAACGUGUCGCAUUAUUUGAAUCAGUAAUGAAGAAUCAAAGAAGUAUGAAGGAACUGGAAAGCAACCUACUUUGUCGACUAACUUCUUCAGAAGGCUCUUUAGUUGACGACGAAGCCCUUAUUCAAGUACUGCAAAUAACAAAAACAACAGCCGAAGAGGUAAAUGAAAAGUUAAAAGUAGCCGAAGUCACAGAGAAAAAAAUUGUUAAGGCAAGGGAAGAAUUUAGAGCAGUCGCUGCAAGAGGAUCUAUCUUAUACUUUUUAAUCGUUGAAAUGAGUAACGUCAAUCUUAUGUACCAAAACUCUUUAAAACAAUUCCUUACCAUAUUUGACAAUUCCAUAACCAAAUCUACUAAAAGUAACGAUACAGAGGAAAGAAUUAAUAUAAUUUUAAAAUAUUUGACUCAUGAAGUUUGGGCAUUUACGCUGCGUAGUUUAUAUGAAAGACACAAAGCAUUAUUUACAUUGAUGUUGGCUAUGAAAAUUGACUGUCAUAGGGGUUUGAUAUCCCAUGAUGAAUUUAUGGCGUUUGUUAAGGGUGGGGCUUCUCUCGACCUGAAUGCUGUCACUCCGAAACCGUUCAGAUGGAUCUUGGACAUCACAUGGUUAAACUUAGUUGAAAUAAGUAAACUAAAAACCUUCUCUGAUGUGCUAACUAGGAUAUCAUCAAACGAGAAGGAGUGGCGUACCUGGUACGAGAAAGCCAAGCCCGAGGAAGAAGUCAUACCUAGUGGGUACAACGAUAGCCUCGAUGUGUUUCGAAAGCUCCUCCUCAUUAGAUCCUGGAGUCCGGAUCGCACUUUAUCGCAAGCAAGGAAAUAUAUAGUUGACUCUCUCGGUCCCGAGUACGGCGAAGGAUGUAUCCUGAAUCUAGAAGCAACAUGGGAGGAAUCAGAACCUCGCACACCGCUUAUAUGCAUACUAUCCAUUGGAUCCGAUCCCUCGGCGCAGAUCGCUGCUCUCGCCAAAGCAAAAGAAAUUGUUUUAAAAGCAGUUUCUAUGGGGCAAGGUCAAGAAAUUGUAGCGCGCAAAAUGAUCUCAGACUCAAUGAGUGAAGGAGGCUGGGUGCUGCUACAAAAUAUCCAUCUGUCAUUGCCCUUCUGCGUUGAAGCUAUGGACGCCCUUAUCGAGACCGAGCACAUACAGGAGUCAUUCCGCUUGUGGCUUACCACAGAAGUCCACACGGAAUUCCCUAUAGGCCUACUACAAAUGGCCAUUAAGUUCACAAACGAACCACCUCAAGGUAUCAGAGCGAGCAUGAAGAGGACCUAUCAAAACAUUACUCAAGAUUCUUUGGACUAUUCAUCAUUACCGCAAUGGCCACCGUUAUUGUAUGCCGUAGCGUUUUUGCAUACGAUAGUCCAAGAAAGACGAAAGUUCGGGCCUCUCGGUUGGAAUAUACCGUAUGAAUUCAAUCAGGCUGAUUACGCAGCCAGUGUUCAAUUCGUCCAGAACCAUCUCGAUGAAAUAGACCCUAAGAAGGGUAUUUCCUGGCCAACCAUCUGUUAUAUGCUUGGCGAGGUUCAGUAUGGUGGUCGUGUCACGGAUGAUUUUGACAAACGACUUCUCACAACAUUCACUAAUGUUUGGUUCUGUGACGUACUUCUGAGGCCCGGCUUUGAAUUUUAUAAAGGCUAUAAGGUACCCCAGACGCGAAAUUUGCAAGGUUACGUAGAUUAUAUAAACCAACUUCCCUUGACAGAUACCCCAGAAGUAUUCGGUUUGCACAGCAAUGCUGACAUAACGUUUCAAAUCAACAGUGCUAAAGAUAUAUUGGACACUAUUUUGAGCGUACAACCGAAGGAAGGUGGUAGUCAGGGUGGAGAAACCAGAGAAAGUAUUGUUUACCGUCUAGCAGAAGAUAUGUUAGAAAAACUACCGAAACAGUAUGUAAGUUUCGAGGUGAAGGAAGCUUUACAAAAGAUGGGUGCAUUUCUACCUAUGAAUAUCUUUUUGAGACAGGAGAUCGACAGAAUCCAACGAGUAAUCAAGACUGUAUACUCAACGCUGUGCGAUCUAAAACUGGCAAUCGAUGGCACCAUCGUGAUGAGUCAGGGGCUACGGGAGUCCCUCGACGCUAUGUACGACGCGCGUAUACCACAGAAAUGGUUAAAGGUAUCAUGGGAGUCGGCCACAUUAGGCUUCUGGUACACUGAGCUGCUUGAACGCGAGCAGCAGUACCGUGUAUGGUUACGAAACGGCAGGCCCAAUACGUUUUGGAUGACUGGCUUCUUCAACCCCCAAGGAUUCCUCACCGCUAUGAGACAGGAAGUGACGCGCAGUCACAAAGGCUGGGCUCUUGAUUCUGUGGUAUUGCAGAAUCUCAUCACAAAAUUCAACAGAGAAGAUGUACACGAAGGGCCUGCAGAAGGAGUUUAUGUUUAUGGACUAUUUCUUGAAGGAGCAUCACUGGACAGAAAGACAGGUAAACUCAUCGAAUCCAAGCCCAAAGUGCUGUAUGAACAGAUGCCCGUCAUCUAUAUAUUUGCGAUCAACACCACAGCUGGGAAGGACCCUCGGCUCUACGAGUGCCCUAUAUAUAGGAAGCCGCAGAGGACCGACGCUAAAUACGUGGGAUCAAUUGACUUUGAAACCGACAGCAGCCCGCGGCACUGGACGCUAAGGGGCGUGGCGCUUUUGUGCGAUAUCAAAUAGAUGAAGAUGACAGUGAUGGUGAUGAGAAUGAUGUUUCAAUUUCUCUUACAAUACCAUACAAUAACCACUUAUUAACACUCUCUAGUUAGCACGGGUCUCACACUAAAGAAGAGAUUAUGUUUUUUAUAAGCAUAAUAACUAUAAUAACGCUUCCCAAUAGCACUAAGAAUAAUAUAUGAGCAUUUUUUUAUAAGACUACGCUUUACAAAUGCGGUCUUAUUAUUAAUAAUAAUUUCUUACAUAUAUAUUUAUAUUCAAUUUACUAACGUCCCACUUCUGGGAUCGAGUCUCGUUUCAUGCUAUUAUGGUGUUGGUCAAGAGAUUCGACAUUGAUUUCAUUUCAAAUUACCCAUCUAUAUUUUCACCCUAUAUUUCUUGGGAGGACCCAACAAUAAUGGACUUGAGAACUACACAGUUACAAAUCUUGCUUCGACCAGUUUCAUACUUUAAUAACAUUAAUAUUAUCUUUGUACGAUAUAUUAAAAGCCAUACAUACAAGAUUUCUUUAUUUAAGUUCUUAAUUGUGUAUUUCUAGUUGUGUAUCAGGACAUAAUAUAUUAUAUUUCCCUUUAAAGGUAAAAAUAAAGGAACUUUGAUCCUUCCAAAAUAUUCAUUUUUGAUUUCAAAUUUUUUUAAUUGUUUAAUUUUUAUUUUAUCCGGUUUAAUUUAAAUAGAAAGUUCUCAUAAAUUAUAUAUGUACUACAACAUAAGUACAGAAUAAAAGACCCAAAUUUCAUCAUCUGCACCAUACAAUACAUGUAGAAAUAUACCUACACUUUUCAAAAAUAUUACAUUUACGUAACACACAUACAUAUAUCUGUUAUCAUUGGGGUAGACAGAAGCAAUAGAACUUCAAAUUCUUUGAGUCCUCUUUCGUUUCCUCGACAUGUAUCGAUCUAUCGAAACGAGUUCUCCGGUUCUCAAUACUAGUGGAUACAUCAAGAACAAAUAAACAUUUCAU